UGUAGAUCACCCCUGGAAGUAAAGCUGCUCAGGCUGACCUAUGCCCGGGAGAUAUCAUCCUCGCUAUAAAUGGAGACCGUACUGAAAGUAUGACACAUAUGGGGGCUCAGAACAGGAUCAAGGCAUGUGCUGACCAGCUCAUUCUAUCAAUCAACAGGUCCGAAACAAAGACUUGGUCUCCAACUGUUACAGAAGACAGCAGAGCAAAUCCUUUUAAAUUCAGCUUGGAGUCAGAACCUCAGGAUUUUGGGCCUUUCAGAAGUGGACACAACAGAAGACCAGCCCCCUUUGCGCAUGAUGGGCCUAUGAAUAAUGGCAAUUCAAAACCAAAUGCCCAGUACAAUAAUCCCAUGGGACUUUAUGCAAACAACAACAUCAACAACGAAACCUCUUUGCCCAAGCAAAUGGGCAGACUCAAUAUCACUUCUCCACAGAGUCCAGAACCACAGGUGCCUUCCCCAAACACCAGAAAUGGUGUUGACACCGAGUCUGACGUCUACAAGAUGCUUCAGCAUACUGAUUAUGAGUCAUCGUCAGAACCAAAGCAGUCUGGGUCCUUCCGAUACUUACAGGGAAUACUUGAUGCUGAGGAUACUGGUGAAAAACCAGAAAGGCCAGCCAUCACCAAAAGUGUGAAAUCCCCAGUACAUAAACUGGGUGGCAGUGUGCCUGGGCUGCAGAAGCUCCCUGAAUGUACCAGAUGUGGGAAUGGCAUUGUUGGUACAAUAGUAAAAGCACGGGACAAGCUUUACCACCCCGAGUGCUUUAUGUGUGACGACUGUGGCUUGAACCUGAAACAGCGCGGGUAUUUCUUCAUUGAAGAGCAGCUGUACUGUGAGAACCACGCAAUGGCCAGAGUCCAGCCUCCAGAGGGUUAUGAUGUUGUAGCGGUUUACCCCAACUCUAAAGUUGAACUGGUCUAAGUUAGCGCAUUAACAUUGACAUUUUACUGUUAUUAUUUUUUUUAUGUGUUUGUUUGUGUAAAUUAACUAUUAAUGUUCUGUCCUCUUGAAUUAGGAUAUUCAGUUACUCAUAAAUAAUAAUUUGGUUAUCCAUGGAGUAUCUUCAUUCCUGUUUAGUAGAGUAGUGCACUUUUUAUAUCUUGUAUUUUUCAGAAUUAAAUAUCUCAUCCUUUUUUUUUUUUUUUUUUUUUUUUUUAAACGUGUGUUUAGUACUAAAAUCAUAAGGUCAUAAAUUCUUUAAAAAAUGAUGGCACCUUAUGGCAUUUGAAGUGCAUUUUGAUCAGUAUAUCUGAAAAGUAAAUAGUUAAUUAAACAAUAAAAUGCUAUUCCAGUGGGCAAGCUUAUUUGUCUUAUCACAGGCUGUAAGACUGGUUGUGUAGAUAUGAACUCCUGCAUCGCUCCAUGUGCUAAUGAUUAAAAUAGACAUCCUAACAAUCCUGCUAAAGCUUUGUCAACCUAAUUGUUUGUUUGAGCAGAAUAGUCUUUAUUACUGGAUACAUUGGAUUUUGAAGUUCAGUUGAUGCUAAACCAAAAUCUGUCAAAUUUCUUUCCAUGUUGAAUUUAUAUAAAAGACUUCUGGUGAAUUGCACAGCAUUCUAGUUGAAAACACUGAACCGGCAUUAAAAAAAUGUGCGCACUUUUAACUCUGCUUCUUCAACUGACAGAGACAGUGCCAUCAUCAUUUUAACUGAUCGUUACAUUUUAAUUCAAUAAUCAGUGUAGUUCAUUGUAUUUUUUAACGAUGUUACAAGAUGUCAAGUUUGGAUGGUUCUUAUUAAAUAACCCUAAUCAGUCUAAAUUGUGCUGCUAUGUGUUUUUGUAACUAUUGUCCUGAUUAAUUAUGUGAUCAAAAGGGUAUAAAUAUUACCAUGUUUUGAUUGGUUUAUGUAACUGAUACAACCGGUUUUGAAUGAUUUCAAAGGUUAAACUUUGAAGAGCAUUUGUACAACACAUUCAAAAAUAUACUUAUAUAACGAGGUUUGGAUUAAUUAAAGUCUGAAAUAAGUGAUUCUCACAAAACCCGGCAGGCUACAGGAAUUCUUGGCCUUUACCAGUGAAGUCUAACCCAUUCAGUUUGUUUUAAAAGUGUUUUAAAUGCACAAAAUACAAUCAUUUUCCAACUGAAACAAUGAAACUGCUAGUUUUGUUUUCAUAUUGUUUUUUUUUUUUCACCCCUCUUAUAAUGUUAUUGUACAUACGUUCUUGAUGUUGUGCCUGUAUAUUGUACUAAAUUUUUGCAAA